AUGCCAGGCCCCCCAAGCUUUGAGGCGUAUUGGCCAACUUGGCCACAGGGGGUACAAGGCACUAAGCUGGUGGACAUCAGGCCCAAGUGUGCUUUUGAAGAACUGGUGGACCAUCUUUGGGCGCCCGGAUCGAAAUUUCAGGAGGAUGCCAACCACGCUCGAGGGAUGACUGACUGUGUGUCCACAGCCUGGGUCGAAGACAUUAAUUUGCUGCCAUGUCUGCCUGGCGGAUACAAUUGGAAUGUGGAAACAGCUGACCAUGACAUGAACGAAUCACCUGACUGUUUCUAUGCUGGACUAAUGAGAAAGGUGCGCUUUGCACAAGGUGGAGUGGCAGUUUGCAGUCAGCCCUUCAAGGGAGAGGAGCUGCAGCGAUGUGUCGAGUACUGCCAUGGAGAAGUCAUGACUGUUGAGGCUUGUGUUUCGAAUUCAGCGCCAAUGUGUGAAAACAUGAGGGUGGUGGUCAGGUACAACCUUCAGUCACUGGGCAGAAAAUGCACGCAAUUGAGAGUAGAGUAUCAUGUAAUAUACGUUUCGCCGACCAACGGAUUGUUAAAAGUAGUUUUGGAAAAGGGAGCAAAAGGCGGCCUGCUGAAGAACUUUGAGAUCUACGUCCAGAUCUUGUCGAACUUUGCUCCCCUGGAGAGCGGCAAUGAAGAAGAGGAAGCCGGUGACAUUUCAAGACUUUGUCCAAGCAGCAACGCAAAGUUUCCAGCGGCACAAGUUGAAGCCAGACACAGCGUCGCUGGAUUGAACAUGCAGCCAAUCGCCGCAUCGCCGAUUUCAUGGUCCCGUCUGGCGCCCCGCGACCUAGCUUCCGUGCUGUGCGUCCCAAUUUGCUCAGCCCUGCAGCGCCUUGAGCGCCUGGAGCCCUUCGAACGAGCGAAGGAGCACCUGGCGAUGGAGCGGUUCCGACACCAGGAUGGCCAAAUCCUGUCACAGAUGUUAGCAUGUGUCAUGCUCUUAGUCUUGCUGAAAAUUUGGAUCCUGGUGCUGCGGUCGGUCCACACGGUGUGUGACGGCUUCCUCGUGCUGAGGCCAUUUUGCGGGUCAGGGAGCAUCCUUGCGGCAGACAUUCCUGACGGGCUCCAAGAGGUUCUUGCGGCCAUGGCAAUGGUCCAAAUCGCCCACUGGUUCCUGGGUGCCCUGGCAAGAUCAUACAGGAACACCCACGCACGCGCGCGAGGCUCAUGGGAGUCACAGGCUGAUUCCGCAGAUGGCGGCGCCAUCGAAGGGCAGUCCUAUUUGUCUCGCAUCGUUUCGUGCUCAAGGCUCGCCGUGGUCACGGGGGCGCUUACCCUGGAGGCGAUGAGCAAUCCCGGAAUAGGGACCAUUCCAAAGCACAAGGGUCGUCCUCAUAAGCCUCGACGUUCAGUCGAGUUUGAAGCACCCGAGGUUCAUGAGCAGCAGGCGACGGGGCAUCAAGAAGAGCCCGUUGAGUUGAAGGAAAUUGAUAGGGUAGUGGAGGAGAUAUUCGAGAACGAGCGCUGCAUGCCUUUCCGGGGAUGGGGCCACACGCCACCGCACUUCCUCCGGACGGACAGGCUUCGCCACUGGAGUCUGAGGUCCCUGGCUCCCAGCAGCAUGGAAUUCUCUGAUGUUGAACCUGUCCUUCCGGAGGGCUGGUGCUGGGAGGAGCCUGAGUGGGAGGUGGACAUGAAUGGCAGAGAUAGCCAGGCUGUGGAUGAGGACGGGUGGAUGUAUGCUGUGCAGUUUAGUGGGCUGGUGUUUCCUCCAUCUCCAGGAAACGGAAAGAAAACAGCAGCUACUUUCGUCCGACGGAGGAGGUGGAUACGGACUCGAACAAGAACGGAGUCAAUGGGAACGCCAUCCAAGGCCGAACGUGGAUCCUUCGCCGCAGGGGCCGAAGCGGAAGCGGAGGGCGGCGCGCUGAGCCCUGCCAAAGACGCUCCGUCUAAGACGGAGAGCCUGCCGCGGUUGUGCAAGAAGGGAAAUAGGGACAGGGCGGGUAGUUUUAAACCAGCACACUUCUGGGACGGGGAACUGUGGAGCGCAAAUUUCUGGUGUGGGGGGCCGAAGGGAAGGCACAAGGGAACGUUGUCUGCCGGUAGCGCGAAGGAGAUUGUGUCCGGCGCUGCCGAUUGCCCAACUUUCGACCGGAGGAAACGUGAGUAUCACCAUUAG